AGCUUUUUACUGUGGUGUUGCUUCUGUUUCAUUCGUGAGAAAAAUGUUAUCCGCUAUAUUUGGCGUUGAUGUUGGUGUGUAAAGCUACUUCUAACCAGACACUCACCGCAGGUCGUUCACUGGAAACCUUAAACGUGACUCACAGUGAAAGAAAAGAUUACCAAAUGCAGAUGACCUGAAUGAGGAUUAGAGGCAACAAACAAGUCCUUCCAAGAUGUCAACAAAAUAAUUAGUGUAAGGUGAACCAUAAAAUGCAGUGAACUUUAAUUUCUUCAACAUGACGUCUGAGUCUGAUUCCUGUAUAACUCUGCCAGACUGGUUGAACGUGCUCCGUCUUGAGCAAUACAAGGAGGUUUUUCUCAGUGCCGGGCUGACAACACUACAAGAAUGUCGCUCCUUGACACAAGAAAGCCUGGAGCAGAUGGGCAUCAACCUGCCGGGACACCAGCGGCGUAUCCUCUCCAGCCUCAGUAAAACUCUUUCCCACUGUGACACGACAUCGCCAUUACAGCAAGACCAACACUUUACAUUUGAGGAGGAGAAAAGAGAAAGACAAGGAGACGACCUGAUGGAUAAGCCGGUACCCAGGCAAAGGCAAGUUUUUGACAGAAAGCCGGUUUUGCGGCAAAGUUUAUUGAUGGAAGAUGGCAAAAGAGAGCGCCCGGUACCAAAACAAAGGACUAAGUAUCGCCCUAGUGCUGCUGUAGCCCCUGUAACUCUGGUGUCUCCUGUAGCUCCAGAUGUUACUUCAACUGAGCUCGAUUUGCCCCCUGUCCCGCCACGUAGUACCCCCAACUGCCCCCCACAACCAUUCACCUACCCUGAAAAUCCACCUCCAAUCUCUCCGCGCAGAGACAAGCUGCAGACGAUGCCAGCGGUACCCAGUAGAGCUCCAAGAUCAUCCAAAAGCCCUGUCGGUACACUGGACCAACCAUGUGUCCAACCAACUCAGCUCACCUCCCCCCUGUCCCAAACUCAGACUCUGCCAUAUCCGCCAAGGAACUUUGCAAACUGUAAUGAUGAUGGGAAAAGGAGGAGCUCAUCCGUGCCACUCGUCUCCUCCCCUAAAGAGGACACAGUUGCUCCCCCUCUGCCUCCCAAAACUGGAUCAGCACCCAAAGGCCCUCCUCCACUGCCCCAGAGGACACCUAUAUCUCAAAAACCUCAUAGUUUGCAACUUGCUGUCAAACCUCCUGAUGAAGCGGAACAGAACCAAAUGCCGCAGGUCCCACCACGAAUCUGGACAUCUACGAGUCAAGAUAACUUAGAGCAAAUACAACAAUCAGGUGAGCCCGAGAAGGCGCCCGCCCCACCAGCAAGGAGAGUCCCACCACCCCCGAGGGAAACCAGAUUAGAUUCUAUUGACGACAACUCAGAUGAAUACGAAGACCCAGAUCUGUUUUUCGUUGGUGCCCAACAGGUGAACAUGCCACUCAGAGACAAAUCCCCGCAAAUGGCCAAUCAGGCAAAGAUGCGUUAUAGUGCCUUGUGCAGCGAUGACGAGCUACUGGACGAUGAUGAUUCGUCUGUGUGGUCAGAGGGAAACAGUCCACAAGGAAGUAUCUACCUACCCCCAAACAGAAGCCGGAUACCCUCCUCCUCUCGGGACGACAGUACUCAGGAAUCAGCUGUCAUUAAGAUAGGCUGGCUGGACAAGAACCCACCACAAGGUGCACUUUAUUACCAGAGACGAUGGGUAAAGCUAGACGCUGACUACCUGAGAUACUUUGACAAUGAAAAGGGUAUCUAUUCUAAAGGGCUCAUUUCAACAGCAUUCAUCACUAAUGUGUCAAGUGUGGGAGAAUUGAAGUUUGAGGUGGUAACAAACAAUAGGACUUUUAUCUUCAGGGCUGAAAGUGAAGCUGAGAGAGACGAAUGGGUGACAGUGUUAAAAGACUGCACUGGGGGGCGCCAGUUUCGCAACACCAUCAACCCUGGCUCUCCUUUGGCUCCAGAUUUUCAGGGAUAUUUGGGGCUAAGAGGAAUACGCUCCAGGCUUUACACUGUAGUUGCUUUGGAUAAAGUCUUUCUCUACAAGAAUAUGGAGGACUACCGUAUUGGCAUAGGCAUCACCUCCAUUGAUAUGAAUGUUGGGAAUGUGAAAGUUACUGAUCAGCGUACUUUUGAUCUCACUACACCUUAUCGUACUUUCAGCUUCAUUGCAGAAUCAGAGCAGCUGAAGGACCAGUGGGUUGACGCCAUGCAUAACGCUAUAGAUGAAGCGUUGUCCAAUACCGAAGUGGCACAGCGAAUCUGGGCGGAGCCUACUAACAGCGUCUGUGCUGAUUGUGGAGCCCCCAAACCAGAAUGGGCAGCUAUAAAUUUGUGUGUGGUGGUCUGUAAACGAUGCGCAGGAGAGCAUCGUGGUCUGGGUCCAAGCAUUUCUAAAGUGCGAAGCCUAAAGAUGGACAAGAAGGUGUGGACAGAUGAACUAAUUCAGGUGUUUCUUUUGAUGGGCAACGAACGGGUCAACAGUUUUUGGGCUGCUAAUGUUCCUCCGAGUGAAGCUUUGACACCGUCCAGCUGCACUGAAGACCGCCGACGCUACAUCACUAACAAAUAUCGCCAGGGAAAAUACAGGAAGUACCACCAACUGUUUGGAAAUCAGAAAGAGCUGGACAAUGCUUUGUGCAUAAACGUGCAGGGUAGUGAUGUUCUGGAGACAUUACGUCUAAUCUUCUGUGGGGCGGAUGUCAACUGUUCGACUGGUGUGCCCGAAUGUCCAUCCCCACUCACAUUGGCUCAAGCAAGUUCACAGCCUCUUCAAGCGGAGCUCAUAAGCCACAAUCUCAACACAGAACUGCCCCGAUCAGAAGUAGGUGACGUCGCUGCCACAAUGUCGUACUCAGCACCAUCCAGUGUUUGCCUUAAUGGCUUUUUGUUCAAGACCGCUUCAAUGACACGGGCAGUCACAGAUCGCAAAGCAAAAGAAGAGUUUAGCCGGCGCUGGUGCACUUUGAAUGAUGGAACCUUCAGUUAUUAUGAAAGUGACAAGAACUCAAACCCCAAUGGAUCUUUAAAGGCCUCGGAGAUUGUGUGUUUAUCAGUUGGCACAAUCACUCAUGGGUAUAACCAUACAUUUGAACUGUACACAGAAGCCGAGCGUCUGUAUUUGUUUGGCACAGAUGAUCCUGACAACUACAAAGAAUGGAUCAAGUCCAUCGCAAAGAGCAUUAUUCCAGCCAGUGCAGAGCCUCUACUACGGUUGGAUUUUGUCCGAAUUGGGAGGCUGAGGUGUAAAGGUGGCUUGAAUCUGGAAACAUCCAAAGUGGGUUGGUUUGCACUGGAAGGCUCAACCUUACACGCAUACAUGGAGAAGGGCCAUAUAGAGGAAAUAAAUCUUCGCAAACUAACUGAACUAUCAACCCAGGCAGACGUGCUAGUUCUGGUGGAAAAGGGCAGGACCCUGUACAUUGAGGUGGAGAGGAAGCUGGACUUUUCUGGCUGGUGUGAGGCCAUUACAAACGCAGCGCAGAGUGGAGCGGACACCCUGAGCGAACAGCAGCUCACAGAGACAGACAUCCCCGUCAUAGUUCACAGCUGCAUCGGCUUCAUCACACAAUAUGGUCUGACAUCGGAGGGCAUCUAUCGAAAAAGCGGGGUGAACUCUCGGGUCAAAGCACUUUUAGAUAAAUUCCGAUCAGAUGCACGCAGCAUUUGUCUGAGGGAAGAAGACAAUGUGGUCGACGAUGUCUCCAAUGCACUCAAGCGAUUCUUUAGGGAAUUGGAAGAAGGGCUGUUCACAAAAGAGGAGGGCCCAAACUGGCUCCAAACAUCCACCGUUCAGGACAAAGACACCAAAGUAUCUCGAUAUCAGCAGCUGCUAGACAUGCUUCCACCUGUCAAUAAGGCCACGCUAGAGGCUCUCAUAAACCACCUGUAUUGUGUUCAAUGUCAUGCGCAUAUCAACCAGAUGAACAUCCAUAACUUGGCUAUAGUGUUUGGCCCCACACUUUUUCAGACUGAUGGAAAAGACUACACUGCAGGCCAAGUGAUAGAGGACCUAAUAGAACACUACACAACCAUCUUCGAGGUGAAUCAGACACAGCUAGCCAAACAGUUACAGGAAAUCGAGGUGAUUAUUCGGCUGCGGGAAACCUUGAAUAACAAGUUUACAGCUAACACUCAAGGAGGACACAUCAUCUGUACAGUGUAUCUUGAGGAAAAGAGUCUCACAGAGCAUCAUGUCAAGAUCCCUGGCUCGAUGACAGCAGCAGAACUUACAUGGGAAGUUUUAGAUAUACGAAAAAUCCCUGCAAAGGACAAGGAUUACUGGAGCUGUUGGGAGAUCAAUGAAAAAGAGGAAAUGGAACGCCCUCUACACUAUAGGGAGCGUGUUUUACCAAUCCUCCACGCCUUUGGCACAGAUUCCAAACUGCUCAUCAAGAAACACCAGAGCAUGGAGGCAAUGUUAUCCUAUUUGGCCAGUAAACCAGAUACCUCUAAACACGGCAAGAUGAAGUUCAGAGAUGGGAAGAACAUUCCAGGACUUGGACGCUUCUCUUCAGGCUUCCACGAAAAAUAUUUUACUCUCACGGCCAAUUCUCUGAGAAUGUACAAGGAAGUCACAAGUAAUCGACCAGAAAAUGAGUGGACUGCCAAAAACCUCACGGUGUACAUGGGUAUUAAGAAGAAACUCCGUCCACCUACUUGUUGGGGGCUCACACUGGUUAGUGAAAGUAAAAAACAAGACAAGCAGGAAAAACAGCAGUGGUAUGUGUGCUGUGAGACUCAGUCAGACCUGAGGGAGUGGUUUGCUACUUUUCUCAGUAUACAGUGUGAGGGAGACAUGUGGCCUGAGGAUGGACAGAAGCACACGCGGGUGAGCCGCGCGCUGCCGGACAUGCACCAUGGUAACGUGUCACUGAUUCCACUGCGUGGCAGUGAAAACGAGAUGCGGAACAGUGUUGCAGCUUUCAGCCAAGACCCGCUUGGUAUAUUUAGAGAUGUUCGAUAGUGGAAUAACUGCUUGAAAAGAAGGAUGGAAGAAGUCACGGCUCCCCUCGCCACACGCUAAAGCUGUAAGGAAAAUGGAGAGCCAUUCAAAAGUCUGGGACCAGAACUAAACACAUCCUUAGACUUUUUAUCACUUAAAGCACCAACAGUGAGAUAUCUUUCUACAGUAACCUUUUAUAGACUACAGUGAGAGUUACUAAACAGCUCAAAUGGCAGCCUUUGCUCAGCUGUUCUUUGGGGUUUGUAUCAUCUAUGUUGCAUCAUUUAUAGAUGCAUGAAGGACAUUUUAGUUUUACUUUUCAGAAAACAUUUAUGGCCUCAAGUUAUCAAUCCAUGCGCUAAACUGCGAGUGAACUGAAAAAUAGCUUGUGCAAUUUAUGGAUGUGUUGCACGUGAUUUAGCCUACGCGUAUAAUUUCUGCCGCCAAACUAAUGUAAAUGAAAGCAUUCAGCGAGUGCAAAAGCACUGCCUGUACUCCUGUGGUUAUUGAUUUGUGAAGCAAAUUUACAUAUAGCAGGGGCGUCCAAACUUUUUUCAUAAAGGACCACAUAUAUUUGAAGCAGAGGGCCAAAGACAGGUGGUCGAUACAAUAAGUCAUUCAGAUAGGUGCAUUUAACAUAUCUUACAGGGCCACUGUACCUUUUAAUAAGGCAUGGAACUAAAAUAAUUGGUCUGUGUCUGGUCUAAGAGUUUAUAAUUGAAGAAUUAUUUAAAUUUGCAAUGAAAGAUCACCUUAUGAUCAUUUUGGCCAAUUUAGCGGGGGAUUUGAAGGCCAACAAAAAUAGCUCUGGGGGCGCAUUUGGACACCCCUGAUGUUUAGCUUUGGAAUUCAGAAGCAUCUGAAAGGAUUUUGUGAAUACUUUAAACAGCAGGUUAACCAGCAUUAUCCUUUUUGGUUUGGACCUAAACGUGGGAUGAUGGAUCGUGGAAAUACAUGCAUGAAAAUGCACACGUAGUUGUAAUAAUUCUAGCAGCGCCCAUUAAACAAUUUCAUUUGCAUUUCCCCCACCUCAGAUUUUGCUCAUAGGAGCAAAAUUGCGCUGCGUCUUCUUUAGACUUGCGUCAGGGUUUGCUCCAAUUUUAGUAUGUUUAGCUGUUUAGCACAUGACCAGAUGCUUGAUAAAUGAGUGCCUAAUGUAUUAUUUAGUAUAAAAAUAAGUAUAUGUAUAUGUUGAUGUCUGUUUAGCUCUUUUCUAAAAUGUGCUAUUGUGAGCCAAGCUGAUGUCAUGGAGGCAGCAGUACGAUUUUUUGCAGUGUUGGUGUAUUUGGACAAAGGCUUGGUGCUACUGAAGGAUAAAGUCUGUUACUUACUACUGGCAGAAUCAUUUUUGACUAAAGUUUUGCAUAUCAUCAUGUAAAGAUGGAAAUGGCAUAAAAAGUGCCUUUUCGUGUUCAGGCAAGGAUUGUUUGGAGAGAAUUGUACCGAAGGAUGUUCCGUAUGUAGAUGGCCGCAACUUAAGUUACUAUAUUUGGUUUUGUGUAUUUUAAAUAAAUCCCCAGCUAGUAUAAACUCUUUAACAGCUUGGCACAUGGCCAAACUCAACAAACUUACUAGCUGCUGGUAACUAAAAUAGUCAAUUGAAAUCCAUGAAGAUGUCUGAACUCUCAAAAGCUGUGCUUCUAACAGGACUAGACUGCCUUCCUUGUUGCCAUUCACCUGCAUAGCUUAUAGUAUAUUGUAUUAUAGCUUUAUUUAAAUCAUAUAAGCAAAUGUAUAGCUGCAAAACAUGAUAAGAACAGUGAUGGUUCACCACUUUAGAUGAAAAUAUUUGUCAUGAAUUAACUUUUCUGUAUGAUAUCAAAGCCUGUAGCUACUGUUAUUGCUGUACUGUUCAUAGGUAUAUGUAAAGACACUUAUUUAUUUUAACAUAUGCUACAGUAGGACACGGUCAUUCAGACAUGUUCCAUUAUUGGUAGAGUGACAUCAUGAUGCCUAGUUACAGUACAUACGGUCAGUUUUAAAAUAUAUGUGUAUUUUCAGCUAGUACCUGCAUUUAGUAGUACUUGUACAGAUUGCAUUUGUUGUAUAGUUUUAUAGCUGUUAUAACCUCACCAGAAAUGUACAUACAAAUACAUAUAUUAAAUCACAAAA